AUGACAACCUCUGUCGCAUCAAAACGCCUGUUCCAGGAAUACAAACACCUCACUCAAGACCCACCGGAUGGCAUCACCGCAGGCCCCGUCGAAGAAGACGACCUCUUUGUGUGGGAAGCCCUGAUUGAAGGACCCGAGGGUACUCCCUACGAAGGCGGCAUCUUUCCCGCCGAGCUCAAAUUNCCCAAGGACUAUCCUCUCAUGCCGCCGACCAUGAAGUUCCUUUGCGAUAUCUGGCAUCCCAAUGUGUAUCCGAAUGGUGUUGUCUGCAUCUCUAUCCUGCACCCUCCUGGCGACGACCCCAACCACUACGAACACGCCUCCGAACGCUGGAGCCCUAUUCAAAGCGUGGAAAAGAUCUUGAUUAGUGUCAUGAGCAUGCUGGCCGAACCCAACGACGAGUCGCCUGCCAAUGUCGAUGCGGCAAGAAUGUGGAGGGAGAGAAGAGCAGAGUUUGAGAAGAAGGUCAAGCAAGAUGUCAGAAGAUCGUUGGGACUCUGA